GUCGAUUACUUCUCUCUCUGACUCGGAUUAGGGCUCUGAUGCGCUGGUAAGAAGAGAGAGUGUGGUUUUUCGGCAGGACAAGCAAGGAAGAAUGCGUCGAGCUGCUCCUCCUGACAAGGCAACGCCGACGCGGCCGAGAACGUCGGGCGCUGCUGCUGCAGCGAGGGCCGCGGGUGCUGGCGCGUCCACUUCGCCGGCCAAGAAGGCGACGGCGACGACAACGACGGGCGCGGCUAGAAAUGGCGCACCGCUGUCGGCUGCUUCGCCAGGGAGGACAAGGGUUAGCAGCGGCGAGGCAGCUGUGCCUGAUGAUGACAGAAAAGAUGGGCAAAAGAAAGCGGGAGGUGGAGAAGGGGAGCAAGAGGAGCAAGAGGAGCAAGAGGGAGAUGAAGAGGAUGGAGAUGAGCGAGGAAGGAAGCGGAUCGGCGUGCUGGCCCUCAAAGAGGGAGCGCUGAACGUGCAGCCAAACGACGAGCGCGCCAUCGUCUUUCUCGACAUCGACAACACCCUCUACCGCAAGUCGACGCGCAUCGCCGAGCUCAUGACGCAGCGUAUCCGCGCCUACAUCAUCGGGCUGGGCCUCGACGAGGAAGAGGCCGAGCGGCUCCACAGCCAGUACUACCGCAGCUAUGGCCUGGCGAUCCGGGGCCUAGUCAAGCACCACAAGAUCGAUGCGCUCGACUAUGACGCAAAGUGCGAUGCAACGCUCCCGCUCGAGGAUGUCCUGCGGCCCGACGCGGGUGUGCAGAGGCUGCUGGCGGACCUGGACCGGACCAAGGUGCGCGUGUGGGCGCUGACCAAUGCCUACAAGACGCAUGCCGUCCGCUGCCUCCGCUUGCUCGGGCUCGACGACUUCAUCGAGGGCAUCAUCUACUGCGAUUAUGCCGACCGCAACUUUGCCUGCAAGCCCGAGCGGCACUACUACGAGGCUGCCCUGGAUGUUGUUGGCAUGCACGAUCCGGCUAGAAUUUAUUUUGUCGACGACUCCAGACUCAACAUCAGUGCGGCGAGGGACCUAGGCUGGGGCUCGUGUGUGCUCUUUGACGAAGAAGAACAGCAGACCGUGGCUGCUGCUGCUGCUGCACCGAACGGGACUGCGAAUGGUGGUUCUGACAGUGUUGCACAAGGACACCAGGCGGCACUGGAUUCCGCUAUUCUCUUUGCCCAGAACGACAAGGACGGCCUCGAUGAAGAGGCCUUCAAGGCGCACUUCAGGACGCUGCCCUCGGCGAUGCGCAUCAGACUGCUGCACAUCAUCCUCGAUGCAUGCUUGCCUGGCGACAUUGCGAGCAUGACACGCACCCUCGAGAAACACCUCCGUCUCACGAGAGACGUCGUCAGUGGGCUGCCCGAGAGCAUCUGCAUCAAGAUCUUUGAGAAGCUCGAGGUCAAGGAGCUCGUGCGAUGCCGACAGGUGUCAAAGAAGUGGCUGGCCAUCAGCUCCCAGCCCGAGCUCUGGCGGUCCCACGCCCUCGCCCUGACGGAAGGCGAUCCGGUGCCGGUGAGCCCGCCAAAGGAGCCAUCAGAGUGGGAAACGCUUGUCAAGGGCCUCUACUUUCGCGAGCGAAAUUGGGCAAAGGGCAUUGGCCAGUCCAUUACUUUCUUUACGGGCCACACUGGCUUUGUCACGGCUAUGAAGCUUCGCGGGCGGCGCACCCUCGUCACGGGCAGCUACGACGAGACCCUGCGCGUGUGGGACCUCAUGACGGGCGAGUGCAAAAAGGUUGUACCAGCCAAGGCCAUCUCCUGCCUCGACUUCCUCGAUGCAGAGGGUAUCCUCGCUGCCGGUCUCUACGACACGGGCCGCAUCAUGGUGUGGGACAUGAAGAAUUGGAGCCUACUGCAUACCCUUUCUGGCCACAACCGCGGCAUUCGACACGUCGCAAUGAACGACACCUUUCUCGUCUCCGUGGGCCAGGACAAGGCAGUGGUGGUGUGGGACUGGAAGAAGGGCACAAAGAUUGUUCGCUUUGGGCAGCAGAGCAACGUGUCGCUAGGCGUCUCCAUUGUCGACGGCGACAAGAUUGUGGCCGUGACAAUCGACGGUAUCAUCAGGACCUUUUCGAUCAGAAAGAAGGAGCUGAUUGGACAGUACGAUUUGGCCAAGCUGUCGCCCAAGCUCGCUGGGCUCGGCAAGGGCGAUGCCAAUGGCAGCAAUGUGCUGUCCUGGUUUGCCGCUCAUAAGAACACCAUCACGCUUGCCACGGCCAACCUAGUCGUGCAUCUCAAGUGGCAGGAGCACGUCGUGCCCGUUCAAAUCGAGCCUCUUGAUCUCUCGCCAGGCAGAGCAGCAACAACAACACCAACGCCAAGCCGAGUCCGCAAGACGUCGACGAGCUCUACGGCCUCGACAAAGUCACCAACGACGAUGAGACAACGGACAGACUCGACUGCGAGCAGUGUCGUGAGCAAUCUGUCCUCGAGCAAGGAUUCUUCAACGACCACGCCUUUGACCUCGUCGAAGUCUGACGCACGACGGGCGGUGAGCGGCGCUGCUUCACCUUCGCUGUCCUCGUCGUCCAGAGGAAAGACCACGAGCAAUGGUGUCACACGGACGGCGUCGACGCCCCUUGGGAACAAGAGGCACAGCUACACGCCCGUGACGCCGCAACCGUGGCCUACUCCACCCAAGUCGCUCACCCCAUCGUCCUCAGCGGCCUCGAUGGCUCCCUUGACGCCGACGCUCUCGUCCAGCAAGAGUCCACCACCAUCAGCCCUCUCGCCUGUAUCGACGACCACAACAAUAACAACAAUGUCUGACCAGAAACACCGGCCAACGCGCAUUGCACCCAACCUUGGCGUGGCCCCAGUCGUGAUCGACAUAUUUGCAAUGCCCGAUGGCGCGACGGGUGCAGUGGACCCGGCCAAGCGGCGCAUCGUCAGUGCGAGCCGGUUCAGCAGCCGAGCAGGCGCCAAUCGGAGGCUCUAUACCAGCACCCUCCCGGAUGAGCCACGGGAGAAAGAGGACGUAGGGGAUUCGACGGACGAGGCUGCACGGGAGGCAGCGGGCAGAGAGAGCGAGAGCGAGAGCGAGGUGGUGCCGAUCGGGGGUGCAUGGCAGGCCCAAGCAAAGGAAUUGGCGAUUCCGACGAGAAACCCAAUGAGCUUAGUGAUCGAUCAUGAGAACCUCGUGGUUGGCACCUCGGAAGGGCUCGUCUACCGUGUCGGUUUCGUCGGUGCUACCUACGAUCGAGGCUGGUUUGAUGAUGAGGAAGAGAAGGAGAAGAACCUUGACGAGCAGCUGGCUUCUGCUCAGCAGGGCAAGGAGCAGGUCGGCCAUGCGACGAUUCGGGACUUGGUCGAGUUGCGAGAGAUCUGGAAGGACAUCGUCGUGCCUCUCGACGCACCACCGGAUCAUCCGGGCAGGAUCAAGAUUGACCCCAUCAAGGCCGUCGGCCUCAAGUAGAUUGCUUACCUUUGCCACGAAGAGAAAUUAGAGCAAGGCCAUUUGUAAUGAUCUCAACCACGCAUGCUUCCGUUCAGGAACACCUAUUGCACUUAUGGGACCCC